UCAUUUAUCCCACAACACUGCCAUAAGCACGUGGACCGCCAGAGGUGUGUGCAGAGAUGUUGUACACGGAGACGGAGCCUGAAUGAAGACACCGUGCACUCACUUUGGAUUCAUACUGCCACGCUGACUCGGACGUUACAGCCUGUUCUGCACUGUAUAUACGAUUGGAGAAAAAAAGCACAACUUUCUUUCGCUCCCUGCAGUCAGUCACCUCAGACUCUCCUCACCCCCACCCUCUUCACCCUGAAGGAGCUCCGGUGUUGCAGCCAUGCCAAAGAACACCAAGGUGACGCAGCGGGAGCACAGCAAUGAGCCGGUCACUGAGUCUGUGGCUGACCUGCUGUCCCUGGAGCACCCCAUGGACUAUAAGAGCAGCCAGAUGAGUAUGGGUCUGAGUCCUGGCUCUACUGCUCCAGUCAAGGCUCUGAUACCCUCCCCUGACCCGGAUGCGGAGGACGGCCGACCAGCCUGGAACAAUAAACUGGAGUACAUCCUGGCCCAGGUGGGCUUCUCUGUGGGCCUGGGUAACGUCUGGAGGUUCCCCUACCUGUGCCAGAAGAACGGUGGAGGUGCAUACCUGGUGCCCUACUUUAUUCUCCUCCUCCUCAUUGGCAUCCCCCUGUUCUUCCUGGAGCUGGCGGUGGGUCAGAGGAUCAGGCGUGGCAGCAUCGGGGUGUGGAACUACGUCUACCCACAGCUGGGUGGCAUCGGGGUUUCCAGUCUGAUGGUGUGCGGUUUCGUGGGCCUCUACUAUAAUGUGAUUAUCGGCUGGAGCAUCUUCUAUUUCUUCCAGUCUUUCCAGUAUCCACUGCCUUGGGCUGAAUGCCCCAUCCGGAGAAAUGGAAGCCAAGCCAUUGUGGAGCCCGAGUGUGAGAAGAGCUCGGCCACCACUUACUUCUGGUAUCGCCAGACUCUCAACAUCACCAGCUCCAUUGACGACACGGGCGGCCUGAAUUGGAAGAUGACCCUGUCUCUGCUGGUUGCCUGGAUCCUGGUCUGCCUGGCUGUCAUCAAGGGCAUCCAGUCCUCUGGGAAGGUGAUGUACUUCAGCUCUCUCUUCCCCUAUGUGGUGCUUUUCUGUUUCCUGGUGCGAGGUUUGAUGCUGAAGGGAGCAGUGGACGGCAUUGCACACAUGUUCACCCCUAAGUUGGAAAAGAUGUUGGAGCCGCAGGUGUGGAGAGAAGCAGCCACGCAGGUCUUCUUCGCUCUCGGUCUCGGCUUUGGAGGUGUCAUUGCUUUCUCCAGCUACAACAAGCGAGACAACAACUGCCACUUUGAUGCAACGCUGGUCUCCGUCAUCAACUUUGUUACCUCCAUCCUGGCCACUUUAGUUGUGUUUGCUGUCCUGGGGUUCAAGGCCAACGUCAUGAACGAGAAGUGUGUCGUCGACAAUGCAGAGAAGAUUCUGGGCUUCCUUAACACAGGUGUGCUGAGCAAAGAGCUCAUCCCUCCACACAUCAACUUCUCCCACCUGUCCACCCAGGACUACGCAGAGAUGUACGGCGUCAUUAAGACGGUGAAGGAGGAUAGCUUCGGCCAGCUGGGCCUGGACGCCUGUGUGCUGGAAGAUGAGCUCAACAAGGCGGUGCAGGGCACUGGUCUGGCCUUCAUCGCCUUCACAGAGGCCAUGACACAUUUCCCUGCCAGCCCCUUCUGGUCUGUGAUGUUCUUCUUCAUGCUGAUAAACUUGGGUCUGGGAAGCAUGAUCGGCACCAUGACCGGCAUCACCACACCCAUACUGGAUGCUUUCAAGAUCCGCAAAGAGAUCCUGUGUGUGGUGUGCUGUGUCAUAGCCUUCCUGUUAGGCCUGCUGUUUGUGCAGCGUUCAGGGAACUACUUUGUUGCCAUGUUUGAUGACUAUUCAGCUGGUUUGCCCCUCACUGUGGUGGUGAUCCUGGAGAACAUCUCUGUAGCCUGGAUCUAUGGCACAAAGAGGUUCAUGCAGGACCUGGAGGACAUGCUUGGUUUCAGGCCCUACUCCUUCUAUUACUACAUGUGGAGGUACGUGUCGCCAGCUGUCCUGGUGGUGCUCAUCAUCGCCACUGUCAUCGAGAUGGCCGUCAGUCCUGCAGGAUACAAUGCCUGGGUGGAGGCUGAGGGCGCAGAGCAUUUCCAUAGCUACCCUCCCUGGGCUUUAGCCAUGGCCUACUCCCUCAUCGUGGUGGCCAUGCUGCCUUUACCCCUCGUCUUCAUCGUCCGCCACUUCAACCUGAUCUCAGACGGCUCAAACAAGCUGUCCGUCUCCUACCGUAAAGGCAUGAUGAAGGACAUAUCCAACCUGGAAGAGCAGGAUGAGCAGCGCUUCAUCCUCAGCAAGAACCCCAGCGAGGCUCCAUCCCCGAUGCCCGCCCACCGCGCUUACCUGGGCCCCGGCGGCACCCAGGAGAUGACCAACACCAACUAUGGCACCAGCACCAAGACGGGCUACCAGAACAUUGGCUCGCCCGAGUCCGAGCUAUGAUCAGCUGAGCUCAUAGAUCCGCCCGUCCAUUAAACCCCAUACCUGCUUGGAGAGAGGGAGACAGAGGAAGUCAAGAGGGAGAGAUAAUCCACUGCCGGUUGUGAAGGCGUUCAUCACACCUUAACCCCCAGAGCUGAGUCCCUCUGUCCCUCCUUUUCUGCCCCUACGCUUCUCGCCUGCGGUUAUUCCCUUCUUCCCCGCCAUAGGAUCUGUGCUGCCAAUUGCCAGUCAAUCCCAGCUGCAACGAAGGGAUCAUGGGAAUGUGAGUCCCACCAGAUACGACAACCUUCUCCAUCUGUCAACGUAUUACAGGGGCAGAGAGAGAGGGACAACACAGGAACAGAGGGAGGAAGGAAGCUUAGAAAGGUCCACUGAGGACUUAGAUACAGGCUUUGUUUUGUAACAAGCUCUGGCUGAGGUUAAGGUGUGUGCUGCGCUAAAAUGCUUUACGUUGUACUGAACCGUGUGUGUUCACCAGUUUGGAGAAGGUUAUUUUUGAGAUGGUUGGAUGUUCCUAGAUAUGGGAGAUCAUCAUUUUAUCUUGGCUCGGCUGUAGAAGAUUGUUAUUUGUGGUUUGAGAAUGGAAGGAGACUCAGAAUUUCAUAUUUUCAUGAUCUGUAUCACUGUAUGAGAACAUUUCUCAUCUAGGAAACAAAAUGGUUAGAAACGCAUCCAUAACAGUAUGUAACUAGAGGGGCACUUAAAGGGCACAACCUUGCCACGGCAACGCUCAUCUCAUAAUGUAAGCCUUCCAACUUGAGGGGGCCUUCUUGUGAUUAUUCCGAGACGGGAACUAAUUUUUACUUGCAUUGCCCUUAAAAUGUUAUCAAAAGUGAGACAUUAUUAGUGCAUCUGCCCAGAGAUUUAAUGGGUUCUUUCUUCUCCCUUCCACCACUGAAAAUUUGAUCGGUAGUUUUUCCAUAAUCCUGCUGAGAGACAAUUAAACCAGCAAAACAAACUGAAAAAAACCUAGCCUCUGAUAGUGUAAACAGUGUUAAAAGCACAUUGCAUCUUUAUUGUGCCUAUCAUGCAUCAGCAAUAAUAACCAGUCAAAGUAGAGUCCUCGUAAAACUGUUGCUCUCCUUCUAUCCCUGUUUUCCCCACUGAUGUAGAAUAUUGUACAUAUGUGUUGUGUAAUAGUCUGACAUGUCACCAUAAAUCGUGUAUAUACACACCGCAGUAGUGCAUAAUGAGGGGAAACUUUUGGCCUCUUCAUU